CAAGUCGGUUGUCAGUACUCUCCCAGACUCCUGGACUCUUUGUACUCCUACUUUGUGAGCUUUUUCUAUUUCUCUCUAAUUACAGUGGAUCUGUUGAAACAACCACAUCGAUUCGGGGAUCUUCUAACGUUAUUUGUCCUUGAAGGAGAUGGAUGUGAUCACGUAAUAUAACCAGUGAAUUAAAAAAAAAAAAAAACCUGACCUUUCUAAAGGAACAUACAAUGAAAAAUAUGCAAGAAAGUGCACCUCAAAUUAAGAGCAAUGACAUUUAUGUUAUAAAUGACAGCUUGUACGAGUCACCGAAGAAAAUCGUCGAUACGGAGAACUGUCGAAUUUCCAAUGUGAUGAAGCUCGAAAGGCUCUCAAUCAGCUCUUGCGAGGAACAAAUCGCGAUUGGCCACGGUGAAAACGGGUUCGGUUUGACAAAUGACGAAGAUGUCCACAAGAACGGUGGGAUGCCGAUCUCGCCGCCUAAGUCUAUAGAAAAUCAAAACAAGGCCGACGAUUUCAACGACGCAGUUCAGGACAGCGGGCUGGAAUCCGCGGCAUCCAGCUGGGACAGAACGCUCGCUGAAGUCAAGGAACACACGUUCAUCCGCCUUCAAGACGAACUGAAAAAAGCUCAGGAGGAAUUAAAACUCAGAGACGAAGAAGUGUCCCGGUUGAACAGGAUAAGGUCCGAGGUCGAAUCUGAACUGGAGGAACUCACAGCAAGUCUUUUUCAAGAAGCGCACAAUAUGGUGAGGGAAGCCAACAUAAGACAGGCCGUGGCGGAAAAAUCUCUCAAAGAAACUCUAAUGCAAGUCGACGUGCUGUCAGCAGAAGUCAUCGCUUUGAAAUCGUUGGUCCUGACGUCCACGCCGAGUUGUCCCAAUCCUCACUUGCAUCCACAAAUAUGCAAGGACGAAGGAGGAAUCUUCAAGAGGCAUCGACGAUCUCCGUCCCAUUUCAACUUGAAAUACGGCCGGGAAAAUUCUCCUCCUGAGUCGCCGGUUAAGGAGAACAAACUGUCUUUAGAAUCCGCCGAUCCGAAAGAAACUGCAUUGGAGGUCGACAAUGUAGUCCAUAAGGAAUUUCUCGCGUGGAAAGAACAGCCCACAUUAGAUAAGACUGAUACUUUCAUAGCAAGGGUUUAUCGUGAAGAUAUAAACUACUGCUUAGAUUUUCGGAACGAAGAAUUGGGAAAACAAGUGAGGGAGGCCGUCGAGACAGGCGAGAUUUUUAUCGAAGCCGUCGGCGACAAGGCGAAAACAAACUUCCCCAAAAAAUGCGCUUUGCUGGAGACUGUUCGCCAUUGCCAGUACAGACUGAGGCUGGGAAACAGCGACACUUGGCACUCGAUAUCGCACAUGUGUCGCAACAGGGUAAGCAAUGUAAAAGUGUUUUUUCUACCAAAAAAGGACAAUUUAAACAUUUUUAAACGUUUUCAAAGUACGAUAGUUUUCUCAUAAUAUGUGGCCUCUUGC